AUGGACGUCGAACAUGAAAUCAUCCCACAUUGUAACGGUGAGCAAGUUGCGCUAGAUUUCACCGAUCAGCUUCCUUCCGGCUUUCGAUUCAAUCCCACAGAUUCAGAGCUCAUCGUAGACUACUUGAAGGCCAAGUUCGAAUCAAGAGAGAUCCCCAAGCAGUGCCGGUUACAUGAGGUCAAUAUUUACAAAUACAAGCCCGGAGAACUCACAGAACGAUAUCGCUCCCAUGAGAAUGAAUGGUAUUUUCUGACGUCGAGAGAUCCAAAGGACCGUAGAGGGAUUAAUCAACGUUAUAGAACAAUAAUUGGAAAACGAGGGUUGUGGAGGAUUACCCGAAGACAUAAGCCGGUGUAUGACGCCACUAGACAAAUAGUUGGCCACAAGGGAACUCUUGCGUUUAUUGGGAAUGCGCACAAAACUAUGUGGUUAAUGCAUGAAUAUACAACCAACGCACCCCAAUGA